UUUGUGUGUCCACGAUUUGAUCCACCGGAGACAAGAAAGAAGUUCGAGCACACCUUAUUGGUUAGUGUGCACAAAAGUGGUGUUCUGUAUGUAGCUGCAGGUAACACCAACCUAUAGCAGGGAGUUUGCACGAGUAGAGUAAGUACCUACUGCGGCAGAAUUCGCAGCAGCUGUUUUUUCCAGAGAGAGCCAUUCGCAUCUUCCUUUUUUACUGGUGAUUGAAUGUAAUAGUUACGUGUAUUUUAACCACUGCUCAAGGUAGAGAGCGCUACCCUGCUGAGUUGCUGCUUUUCGUCCGUACUUACACCCUGGAACGAGCAGGGCAGCAGCCGCUUAUAGGGAAACAGAGAAACAAUCUCAACCGUAGCGGACUGAGUCUGAACAACAGAAUGAGGAGCUCUGCUUCCCACGAUGGUCUCCAGCAGAUCAGCAGUGGUGGAGGAGGAUUCAGUCGAGUGAAAAAUCUGAGAAACCUGAUUGCCAACAGCCCUCUCAGGAGAAGACGAAUACUCUCUCAGUCUAUUGACUCUGGUCUUCCUACAGCAGGUAGAGGUGUGUUCGGGGUACCACUGGUGACCUUAGUGACCUCUGAGGGAGCUGACGUCCCAAAGAUCAUCAGACGAGUCGUGGAACAUGUGGAUAAAUAUGGACUGAAGGAAGAGGGAGUCUAUAGAAUCAACGGCAGUGCCAAGACCAUUGAAAAACUCAAGGCUUCCUUCAAUGCCGUUGGAGACGCAGAUUUCACGGAUGUGGAUGUAGCAGCAAUAGCUGGCCUUCUGAAACUAUUCCUGAGGGAGCUGCCUGCACCAGUCAUACCUCCUGACAUUGAGGCUAAAAUGGUGGACAUUCAACAGAAGCACCCAGGAGAGAUGACAGAACAGGCGGGUUCUCUACUGAGAGACUGUCUCUCUCAACUGCCUGCCAUAGAGUUGGCCGUCUUCAAAUAUAUUGUCAACCAUCUCUCUAGAGUCGCCCAACACUCAGGAUUCAACAAGAUGACUGCGGUGGCCCUGUCCAUAGUGUUUGGACCGGGGAUAUUCCACUGUGGAGGAGGACUGGAGGGAAUGAGGCUGCAGGGGUACGCCAACUCUGUCCUCUGCAGAUUCGUCGCUCACAACUCUACUCUCUUCCAGCCAUCAUCAUCAGUGGUGAGUCCAGAGAGACCAACCAGGCCAGAACCAUACACUGAACACAUCCGAAAGAAAGAGGGAUCUCCUCUGUCCCCGGAAGCCAGAAGUCACGAGCGAGGGUUGUACGCUGAGAGAAGUGUAGAUGAGGCAAUGGACCAGUCUUCUGACAGCCUCUACUUCACUCCACCUUCUCCUCACACACUACAGGUCUCGUCUCCCUCCACUCCCCUCUCCCCCACCUCACCCCCUCUCCCUCCCUCCUCUUCCUCCCCCUCACCUGAUGAAACACCACUCAAGAGACAACAACCUGUCAAGAAAGGCAAACACAGUGUCAUCAGGUCCUGGAGUGCAGAUGCAUCAGACCAUCCAGCCAGACUGACCAACAGU